AUGUCGGGAAACACGGGAAUGGAGCAGCUCAUCCCCAUCGUGAACAAGCUGCAGGAUGCGUUCACGCAGCUCGGGGUGCAUAUGACACUGGACCUGCCGCAGAUCGCCGUUGUGGGCGGACAGUCGGCGGGCAAAAGCUCCGUCCUGGAGAACUUCGUCGGACGCGAUUUCCUUCCCAGAGGUUCGGGAAUCGUCACCAGGAGGCCGCUCAUCCUGCAGCUGAUCAACUCCAACACCGAAUGGGCAGAGUUUCUGCACUGCAAAGGGAGGAAGUUCGUUGAUUUCAAUGAGGUUCGAGGAGAGAUCGAGGCCGAAACUGACAGGGUCACAGGAAGUAACAAGGGUAUUUCCAAUAUACCCAUUAACCUGAGGGUGUACUCUCCGAACGUAUUGAAUUUGACUCUGAUCGAUUUGCCUGGUCUGACGAAGGUGCCGAUCGGCGAUCAGCCCGUCGACAUCGAGGCCCAAAUCAAGGCGAUGAUCAUGCAGUUCAUCAAGCGCGAGUCCUGUCUAAUUCUUGCCGUGACACCGGCCAACAGCGAUCUGGCCAACUCAGAUGCCCUCAAGCUGGCCAAGGAGGUCGAUCUCCAGGGGAUCCGGACGAUCGGCGUGAUCACGAAGCUGGAUCUCAUGGACGAAGGCACCGACGCCAGGGACAUCCUCGAGAACAAAUUGUUGCCUCUGCGACGCGGUUACAUCGGCGUGGUGAACAGAUCUCAGAAGGACAUCGACGGCAGGAAGGAUAUUAACGCUGCGCUCGGCGCCGAAAGAAAGUUCUUCCUCAGUCAUCCUUCGUACCGGCAUUUGGCUGAUCGCCUGGGCACUCCGUACUUGCAACGAAUACUCAAUCAGCAACUGACCAACCAUAUCAGGGACACUCUGCCCGGUCUUCGUGAUAAACUCCAGAAGCAGUAUCUGGCCCUCGAGAAGGAUGUUGAUCAGUACAAGCAUUUUCGCCCCGACGAUCCAUCGAUUAAGACCAAGGCCAUGUUGCAGAUGAUCCAGCAGCUGCAGUCCGAUUUCGAGCGAGCCAUCGAGGGCUCCUGGUCUGCGCAGAUCAACACCAACGAGUUGUCGGGUGGUGCGAAGAUCAACCGUCUCUUCCACGAACGGUUCCCCUUCGAGAUCGUCAGGAUUGAGAUCGACGAGAAGGAUAUGCGACACGAAAUCGCGUUUGCCAUCAGAAACACCUUGGGUAUUCGCGUCGGUUUGUUCACGCCAGAUAUGGCCUUCGAGGCUAUAGUGAAGAAGCAGAUCAGCCGUUUGAAGGAGCCCUCCAUCAAGUGCGUGGAUCUGGUAGUCCAGGAACUGACGAACGUAGUUCGCGUUUGCACCGAUCGCAUGUCGCGUUACCCUCGACUGAGGGAGGUGACCGAUGGUAUCAUCACUAAUCACAUCCGCCAAAGGGAGCAAUUAUGCAAGGACCAACUGCUGCUGCUCGUCGACUGCGAGUUGGCCUACAUGAACACCAAUCACGAGGACUUUAUUGGAUUCGCAAAUGCUCAGAGCCAGUCGGAGAGUGCGACGAAGACUGGGAACAGAGGACCGUUGGGGAACCAGGUGAUCAGGAAAGGAUACAUGUGCAUCCACAAUUUGGGCAUUAUGAAGGGAGGAUCACGGGAUUACUGGUUUGUGCUCUCCUCCGAGACGAUCUCCUGGUUCAAGGACGAAGAGGAGCGCGACAAGAAGUACAUGUUGCCGUUGGACGGAUUGAAGCUGCGCGACAUCGAGCAGAGCUUUAUGUCACGAAGACAUAUGUUCGCUCUGUUCAAUCCGGACGGCAGGAACGUUUACAAGGAUUUCAAGCAGCUUGAGUUGAGCUGCGAGACCCUUGACGAGGUGGACUCUUGGAAGGCAUCAUUCCUGCGUGCCGGUGUUUAUCCGGAAAAGCAAACGGAUCAAGUGAACGGCGAAGAUAAUGUGCAAGGUGACAGUUAUCAGGCGAACGAGGGCAACACGAGUUCCAUGGAUCCGCAAUUGGAGAGACAGGUGCUUACUAUUCGUAACCUGGUGGACAGUUACAUGCGCAUCGUCACGAAGACCACCAGGGAUUUGGUUCCGAAGACCAUCAUGAUGUUGAUCAUCAACAAUGCCAAAGAAUUCAUCAACAGCGAACUGCUGGCUCAUAUCUACGCGGGCGGAGAUCAGGCUACGAUGAUGGAGGAGUCUCCGGAGGAAGCGCAGAAGCGGGAGGAGAUGUUGAGGAUGUACCAUGCGUGCAAGGAGGCUCUCAGGAUCAUCGGUGAUGUUUCCAUGGCUACAGUUUCCACUCCGGUUCCUCCGCCGGUGAAGAACGAUUGGUUGGCCAGCGGCCUCGACAAUCCGAGGCUCUCGCCGCCAAGUCCAGGUGGACCCAGGAAGUCGGCACCUCCAAUAGGUUCAAUGGGAAUGUCCGGUUCGUUGGGUUCAUCCGGCGGUAGCAGCGGCGGCGGCGGAGGCGGCGGCAGCGGAGGAGGUGGGUCGCGGGCCCCGCCACCGCCCCCAGCAUCAGGAAGACCCGCCCCGGCCAUCCCGAAUAGGCCGGGCGGUGGCGCCCCUCCGAUGCCUCCAGGCAGACCGCAAGGACAGGCCCUUCCCGCGCCUCUCAUCCCGACGAGGCGCUAAGGGUUCCACAACUAACCACUUCCAACGCGCACCUCCCCCACUCAUCACUAACAAAACAAAGAUAGAAAGAUUUAAUAUAAUACGAAAGAGUUCUGGUUAUUUGCAUUCUAAUCGAUUCGUCAUCACCGAUGCGUAGAAUGAGAGAGAGAGUGAAAGAGAUACAAAAAUACAUCUUAUGGAGAGAUUAUCUAUUAUAUAUAUAUAUUUAUUCUAAAACUUGGUAGUACUCACGAAUUAUUAUUGAUAUUAGUCAAAGAUUAGUUGUUUCGUGGAGAUGUUGUAAUAGGCUUCGCCGUAGAGCAAACCAAAAUUGAGAUGAAAAUGAGAACAGAAAGAGAGAGGGCACGCUUCCUAAAUUAUUAUUUUUGUUAUAUAUCUAUAUAUUUGACACUUUUCUAGGGCGGUAAAGUAACUAAAGAAUGAAGCAGAGUGCUGCUGUUUGUUGUUGAUGUUUGUCAGAUCGUAUUUGUAAAUUUCGUAGUGAAAGGAGACGAGACGAGACGUUCACAUUUAUCUAUCUGUAUUAUAUUUAAAUACUUGUUGACGAAUUGAUGAAUUAUAUAAUAUAUUUGAAGCAAAUAUAGGAAACCCGUAUAUAUAUAUAUAGAGAAUAACGCAUACUGCAUAAUAUUUCCGCCGUUUUCUUCCAUUUAUUAACAUACACAUACACAGUAAAAUAAUGGAGCACAAACUAAAUUGAUCCAUUUGACGCUCUCCAUUAUUUUACGCCACUGUACUGUGAAUUUUGGUAUCGUUGCUAACAAUUACCUCCUGCAAUAUUAACAAGACAACACGUUUCGCGUUUGGAACGAUCCGAUUGACACGCCUCAGCUCGGAGGGCUGCAAAUAUGUGCAACACUGAAACUAAACUUGUGAUUUACAUUGCGUGAUAUUUGCCAAGUACAAUCUGUGCGUAUAUUUGCACUAGGAUCGAUGGCGAAACGUGCUGUAUUGUUGUUGUUGUUGUAUUGAGAGUAAGAGAUUUAUGUUGAUGUUAAGUGCGAGUAUGUUGAUAUGAUAUGAUUAUGAGCGAGGGGGGCUAAGAGACUGUUGAACUUUUGUGUAUGUAGCCGACCGGGGGGUGGCCAGGGCGGCGGUGUCCAAGUGCCACAGCAGGUCCAGAUGGCCGUCGGAAGGGCCGUCACUCAGCACGCGGUCAA